GGCAUCCCCAACCACUUGCCUACUGAAUCCCACGAUAUUGCAUCUGUUCAACGUGUCCAAAUUGCACAGCUCUCCCCGCAAAGCGAUCUCCCAGAACAUGAGGCGUCCUCAAAGCCUGCGAGAAACCGAUGCGAGACUCUGCGAAGGUGUUUCUCAAUGGAUAAAAGCCCAGAUCCAGGCAGAGAAGUUGAAAAACCCCUUGGAACGGGAAUCGGAUAUCGAAUGGCGUGUGGAGUGGGACCUCCGUGUGGGGGAGGCGAAAGAGGCGACGAUACUUUUCCCCCCCCAACGCGAAGAGAACUAUCAUUCAAUUCAUGAGAAAGGCCAGCAUUGUUGGGAGGGUGUGCAAUCGGGUAAUGUUGAAAGAAAUAUUCGCCAAAUUACAAUUGGAUCAAGUAUCUACUCAUCAUCUCAGAUGCCAGGAUUUCGUUGAAUUAUGCAAGAGCAAAGUGGAGAAUUGUAUCGUGUCUCAAGCACAGAUAAUGAAAACCAAAGGCUAUUACGUGAAGAAAGAGGGAAGGGUUACUUGGCAUCCUAACACUAAGAGGUGGCUCGAACCAUCUUGGGAUGGCAGGCUUAAUCCGCCCAGAAAACCAGAAGGACCCAACUACAGCACUAAUUCUUGGGAUCGCAAUAUUCAUCCGCCCAGAAAAUCAAAAGGACGCAAAUACAGCACUAAACCUAAAGGUCUUCCUAUUCAUCCAACAGAGGCAUCUGCAAUUGAUCCCGGCUUUCUUGCUCUCAAAACUCUCUCAACACAAAGCAGCUCCGAAAGAAAAGAUGAAUGGGAACCUUCUCUCGUGCAGCCCUCUAUAGAUGAUGAAUAUAUGGAUUGUUCGUAUGAACCGUUUUUUGAGCACGACGAGCUUCUGCACAACUUUUCAGUUGCAUCUGCCUUAGAAGGAUAUAUUAAUCCUUUGGAAACAAACGAGUCCAGCUUUGCAGCAGACCCAACAUUUGGGGUGUCCUUGGACAAUUGAUGGUUCAAAAAGUAUGAAAUGGGGUUGGGACUUUGGGUAUGACGAGUUUAUGAGUUUCUUUGGGACAUUCAGGGGUAAAUAUAAAUACUCGGCAACGACUACGGGUAGUAUAGCUUUACAGCAAGCUCAAUGUUUGGCGUCUUAUUGGAGAAUCAAUGGUUUAAGAGUAUGAAAUGGCGUUGGGACUUUGGAUAGGGAGAGUUAACGAGUGUCUUUGGGACAUCUAACGGUGAAUAUGGAGUAUGAAACUUUACAGCAGACUCAAUGUUUGAGGUCUUUGUUUUUUGGACAGUGAAUGGUUUUAAAGUAUGAAAUGGCGUCCGAACUUUGGAUAGGAAGAGUUUACGACUUUCUUUGGGACAUUCAAGGGGACUAGGGGGUUAUGAUUCCACGGCAAUGAGGUUCAUAAGGUCAGUAAAACGCUUGCUAUAACCAC